GGAGAGCGGCGGGAGAGAGCGGCGGGGACGGGGACGGGCAUGGGGACAAGUGCGCGGCCGCGGGGGUCCCGCCGAGGCUCGGGCCGCCCUCGGAGCGGCCGGCCGGCCAGCAGGAACAGCUGCAGGCAGCGGCAGGAGCAGCCGGUCCGGGCUGUGGCCUGCGCGGCCCCACAUUCCAGGAUGCCAGGAAGACGCAGAGAGCAGAUCCUGGUGCCAGAAGAAGAGUCUACUGAGACGAAAAAGGUUAAAGAUUCCAAGAUGCCAGGAAAACGCAGAAUGAAGAUCCUGGUGCCAGAAGAAUCUACUGAGACGAAAAAGGUUAAAGUCAGCCACCCAUCACAUCGCUCACAGCCUGGGCUGGUGUUGACCCUGGGCCAGGGUAAUGUUGGCCAGCUGGGUCUGGGUGAAGACAUCAUGGAGAGGAAGAAGCCAGCUCUGGUCACGCUGCCAGAGAUGGUGGUGCAGGUGGAAGCUGGAGGGAUGCACACGGUGUGCCUCAGCCAGACUGGAAAGAUCUACACCUUUGGCUGCAAUGAUGAAGGUGCCCUGGGACGCGACACGUCGGCCGAAGGGUCUGAGAGCUCUCCAGGGCUGGUGGAGCUGCAGGAGAAGGUGGUGCAGGUGUCGGCGGGGGACAGCCACACGGCCGCGCUGACCGAGGACGGCAGGGUCUUUGUCUGGGGCUCCUUCCGGGAUAACAAUGGAGUGAUCGGCUUGCUGGAGCCCAUGAAGACGAGCUCUGUUCCUUUGCUGCUCCGGCUCAACGCGCCUGUUGUCAAAAUAGUUUCAGGAAAUGACCACUUGGUGAUGCUGACACUGGAUGGUGACCUGUUCACGUGUGGCUGCGGGGAACAGGGCCAGCUGGGCAGAGUGCCAGCACUCUUUGCCAGCCGAGGAGGACGGAGAGGACUGCAGCGGAUGCUGGUCCCCCAGCUUGUCCCUGUCAGAGGCAAAGGGAGAAGAAGCAAAAUGCGCUUCCAGGACGCUUUCUGCGGGGCGUAUUUCACCUUCGCCGUCACGCGUGAAGGACACAUCUAUGGAUUUGGCCUCUCCAACUACCACCAGCUGGGGACCCAGGACACCGAGCCCUGCUUCUCCCCGCAGAACCUCACGUGCUUCAAGAACUCCACCAAGUCUUGGGUUGGCUUCUCUGGCGGGCAGCACCACACGGUCUGCGUUGACUCUGAGGGUAAAGCCUACAGCCUGGGCAGGGCGGAGUACGGCCGGCUGGGCCUUGGGACAGGGGCAGAGGAGAAGAGCACACCCACAGUUAUCCCGGAGCUCCCCAGUAUCAUCUCGGUGGCCUGCGGAGCGUCGGUUGGUUACGCCGUCAGCAGUGAUGGACGAGCGUUUGCCUGGGGAAUGGGCACUAACUACCAGCUGGGCACCGGGGAGGAGGAUGAUGUCUGGAGCCCCGUGGAGAUGACUGGGAAGCAGCUGGAGAACCGGCGGGUGCUGGCGGUGUCCAGCGGUGGGCAGCACACCGUGCUGCUGGUCAGUGACAAGGAGCAGAGCUGAUGAAGUGACGCCCCAGCAGAAUCACAGCACCCCCAGACCCCCCCCAACUUCUGCCUGGCUUGGGGAGCCGAUUACCUGGGGAGGGAGGAGGCUCGUGGAGCUCGGCCCAGCAGCGCCUGCGUGGCUGGAACAGGGUGCCCAUGGGUUCUCCCUGCAAGCGUUUGUCUGUU